AUGCAUCUUGGCGCCAUCCGCUCGCCUCGGCAAUUGGGUUUGUUUUGUGCGCAGAAUGUGCUGCGGGAGCUGGAGCAGAAGAAACCGCAGUUGGACGAGCUGGUACACACAGCAGAGAACUUGAAGGCGGACUCCAACCGGCAACAGCUGCACGGGAAAGGAGCAACACGAAGCCGCUUUCACCAGACGAACCACAAAUAUUCAGCAGCAAAAAUCGACCUGUUGCAUUUAGAUGAUUCUGAAGGACAGAUUCGGGAAACAUGGCAGAGAAUUUGCUCUAAUGCACUGAGCUUCAAAUAG